AUGACUCUACCAGAGAAGAUUUUGAUCGUCGGCGGAGGCGUCUUUGGCCUAUCUACGGCGCUCUCUCUCCGCGAGCGUCAUCCGACGCUCCAAAUCACCGUGGUCGAAUCAGCACCAAUCCCAAAUCCCCAUGGUUCUUCCGUGGACACCUCACGGAUCGUGAGAGCCGACUAUGCAAGCGCUGCAUAUAGUAAGCUUGCAAACGCCGCCAUCCAACGCUGGCGCGCAACCGCAUGGGGAGCAGAGGGCCGAUACACACAGAAUGGCCUUCUGCUGGUGUACCCUGAGAACAGCGCGAGCGCCCAGGCCUAUGCACGCCAAAGCUAUGCCAAUGUUAGAGCUCUGGAGGGUGAGAAUGUGGUUUUCCUGCCAUCAAAAAGGGAUGUUCUGGGCGUCGUGCCAGCGUACGGCGAGGACCUGGAUGUGGCGGGUGGGUACGUGAACUGGGGAUCUGGCUGGAGCGAUGCUGCUGCCGGAGUUCGCUUUGCGAAACAGCGGCUCGAUACAGAUGGCCGGGUCCAAUUCAAGAGGGGAGAGGUGGAAUCGUUGCUCUACGAUAGCUCGACGGCGAAGCCCAAAGUCAAGGGUGUCUCCCUGGUCGGUGGUGAAACACUCCAUGCAGACUUGGUGAUCCUGGCCACGGGAGCAUGGACAGGCAGAUUGGUCGACAUGCGAGGCAAAGCCGUUGCCACAGGCCAAGCGAUUGCAUAUAUCAAGAUCUCUGAUGCGGAACAGAGAGAGUUGGAAAACCUGCCGACCAUUCUCAAUUUUGCAACGGGCAUCUUCAUCAUCCCACCGCGGAACAAUCUGCUCAAAAUUGCGCGACAUGCCUACGGAUAUCGAAACCCCGUCACACUGCCGGUUCCUGGCGCCAACCGUUCAUCCGGUGAGAGUAUGGAGGUCAGCAUGCCCGAUACACAUGCACCUGUUCCUUUGGAGGGCCAAGAAGCCUUCCGCGAUGCACUGAAGCAAUUGCUGCCACGGUUCGUGGACCGACCAUUUGUUACGACUCGCCUGUGCUGGUACACAGACACACCAGACAGUCCCAAUGGCGAUUUUAUCAUCUCUUAUCAUCCAGAGUACGACGGCCUCUUCCUUGCCACGGGCGGCAGUGGACACGGAUACAAGUUCUUCCCAGUCAUCGGAGACAAGAUCGUGGAUGCAUUAGAGGGCACGCUAGAACCCGAGCUGCGAGACAUGUGGACGUGGACUGAACCGGUCUCGACCGAGGCAGCCACGGAUGUAAUUCCCGAUGGUGACGGCAGUCGGUCUGGCGCAAGGGACUCGAUUCUGAAGGAUGAGUUGGCCAAGACGGCGAAAGCAAGUCGGACGAGUGUAUUGUAG